GGGGCGGUGCGCCCGGAGCCCGGAGCCCGGCCCUGAGCUCGCUUCGCCUCGCCUCGCGGCGGGCGCCCUCGUCGCCAGCGGCGCACCAUGGACGGGCUGCCCGGUCGGGCGUUGGGGGCCGCCUGCCUUCUGCUCUUGGCGGCCAGCUGGUUGGGACCCGAGGCCUGGGGCUCCCCCACACCCCCGCCGUCGCCCGCUGCACCGCCCCCGCCCCCGCCACCCGGAGCUCCGGGUGGCUCGCAGGACACCUGUACGUCGUGCGGCGGCGGCGGCGGCGGCUUCCGGCGACCGGAGGAGCUGGGCCGGGUGGACGGUGACUUCCUGGAGGCGGUGAAGCGACACAUCUUGAGCCGCCUGCAGUUGCGGGGCCGGCCCAACAUCACGCACGCUGUGCCCAAGGCCGCCAUGGUCACGGCCUUGCGCAAGCUGCACGCGGGCAAGGUGCGCGAGGAUGGCCGCGUGGAGAUCCCGCACCUCGACGGCCACGCCAGCCCGGGCGCCGACGGCCAGGAGCGCGUCUCCGAGAUCAUCAGCUUUGCCGAGACAGAUGGCCUCGCCUCCUCCCGGGUCCGCCUGUACUUCUUCGUCUCUAAUGAAGGCAACCAGAACCUCUUUGUGGUGCAGGCCAGCCUGUGGCUGUACCUCAAACUCCUCCCCUACGUCCUGGAGAAGGGCAACCGGAGGAAGGUACGGGUCAAGGUGUACUUCCAGGAGCAGGGUCACGGUGACAGGUGGAAUGUGGUGGAGAAGAAGGUGGACCUGAAGCGGAGCGGCUGGCAUACCUUCCCCAUCACAGAGGCCAUCCAGGCCUUAUUUGAGCGGGGUGAGAGACGCCUUAACCUGGAUGUACAGUGUGACAGCUGCCAGGAGCUGGCCGUGGUGCCCGUGUUUGUGGACCCCGGUGAGGAGUCACACAGGCCCUUUGUAGUGGUGCAGGCCCGCCUAGGUGAUAGCAGACAUCGGAUCCGCAAACGGGGCCUAGAGUGUGAUGGGCGGACCAGCCUCUGUUGCAGGCAACAGUUCUUCAUCGACUUUCGGCUCAUCGGCUGGAACGAUUGGAUCAUUGCACCCACUGGCUACUACGGGAACUACUGUGAGGGCAGCUGCCCGGCCUACCUGGCUGGGGUCCCUGGCUCAGCCUCCUCCUUCCACACUGCUGUGGUGAACCAGUACCGCAUGCGUGGCCUGAACCCAGGGCCCGUGAACUCUUGCUGCAUCCCCACCAAGCUGAGCUCCAUGUCCAUGCUCUACUUUGAUGACGAGUACAACAUUGUCAAGCGGGACGUGCCCAACAUGAUCGUGGAGGAGUGUGGCUGUGCCUGACAGCGGCAGUGUGUGCGGUAGCACAGGCCCGCGGGGCUUUGAGGGAGCAGGAGAGCUGAGUGUGGUUGUUCCGUUGGGCUGCGGAGAGUGCCAGGGUGAGGCCUGAAAUGUUGUUCUCCUACUUCAUCGAAAACCAGUCAGAACCAGAGGGAGAACCCUCCUGUGCCACGAGAGACUCCUCCUAACCGCACGCAUAGACACACGUAGCCAGACUCACCCCGCCACCCACACAGCAGCCUCCAGGAUACCAGCAAACGGAUGCGGUGACAAAUGGCAACUUAGCUACCAAUGCCUGUCAGUUGGAGAGAAUGGGGUGAGCAGCUACCAUUCCCACCAGCUGGCCGGGCACUCUGAAUCGCGCCUUCUGAGCACACAUAAAAGCACAAAGACAGGACACAGAGAGAGUGAGCCAGAGAGCCACCAAGAGGAAAAGCAGGCUGGGAGCACAGGCGGGUGGAGGGCCAUGUGCCCCUGGCUUGUCCCAGGCUCUUCACCGCAGCGCCUGGCGCUGUCCUGCCUGCUCACUCCCCGCCUGGCAUCCUUCAUGCUUUGAGGCCAGCAGAGCUGUGCCACCCUGUUCUUGGAGAGGGCGGAUAGCCCAGGAGGGCCUCGCCUUGUCACAGAGACCAUGGAGCAGGGACAGUGACCCUUUGACUGUCUGUCGCUUGGAUCCCUGGUGUGACUUAUGUGUGUGUGUUUGUUUGCAGGGGUUGGGGGGGGGGGAGAGGAGAAGGGUCUUAAUUUUAUGCUUUAAUCUGGUCUUCAACAACUGACAGGUCGUUUGUGCCAGUUGCAGAGUUGAAAAGAGCCUAUGAGCAAUGACCUUUGAAGUGGAUUCUAAAUGAGAAGGGAAAAAAAUGUUGCAAUCAGUGAGUGCCCUUUGCUGGGGACAUCCUCCUAGGGCUGCGGUGAGAGGGACAGGGAUGGCCACUAGGCCAGGGGAAGAGCCCAGGGGAGGCAGUGGCAGAGUGGAGGUGUUCUGGUGAGUUGCUUAACUGGUCUUGGAGAGACAGGAAAAGCUUUCAGUUGCUUUGCAGAAGCUGUCCCCCCCGCCCCCGUGGGUGGGCCCUGGCUCCAGGGUCGUCCGUGGACAUGGCUCCUGCCCCCUUCACUUGCCCACCUGCCUGCCCCACGAAGCAGUUGCGGUCCUGCGUGAGCGCACAGGACAGUGGCACUGCAGGCCGACGUGUGUCCAGAAGUGGCCCCGGGGCACGAGCUGCCGUGGCUGCUGUCCUGGUGGAUGUCCAAGUGCCACGUGAACUAUGCAAUUUAAAGGGUUGACCCACACUAGGCGAAACUGGACUCGUACGUCUCUUUUAUAUUUUUAUACUUGAAAUGAAAUCCUUUGCUUCUUUUCUAAGCGAAUGAUCGCUUUCAAUGUUUGCACUGAUUUAGCUGCAUGGUUAGUCAGAAACUGCCAUUUGAAAAAAAGUUAUUUUUAUAGCAGCAGAAAAAAAGUGAAUACAGUUAAAUGUAUUAUACAUAAUUUUGGAACCAAAGAGGCCAGCGGAUCAGUUUUAAUUUUUAUUAGAUGGUAAGGCCAUCUUCUAUGAGGUAGAUGUUCUAAACAACCCCUUGAGUGGCCUGCCAGAGUUUCAGGGUAUAAAUGAAUCUUUUUUUUAUUCAGUUGACGUGUCUCUUCUGUUCUUACACACCCAGAAAGUAGAGUAAAAAAAAUGAUGGUAGAAUGCAGGUGUGUAUCUGUAAGUUCUCAUCUUUAGUUUAUUUAAUGAAGCCCUCCUUAGUUUCUGUUUCAUAAUAACUUAAAACCAAACAACUUCCCCCCACAGACUGACUGUCUAAGUAUUUUAUGUUCAUGUACAGUUUAAGAAAAUAAAAGACGGAGUGCCAUGGGC